CGUCACUGAGUGACGUCACACACAUGGUCAUGCAGUGGGCUCAAUUCCUGGAUCAUGACUUCACCAGCACCGCCGUUGAACGAGGUGCUGAUGGAGCCACCAUCAUCUGUUGUGAAGAUGACGUCCCUGAGGGCAUCCCUGUCAGCAGCCUCAACCUCACUGAUAGACGCCAGUGCUUUCCGAUUCCAGUUCCAGGUGGUGACCGGAGGUUCAACCGUAGCUGUCUCAACUUUGUCCGCUCAGUGCAGAUAGCAAACGCAGACUGUAACUUGGCCCCAGGAGAGCAGUUGAACCAGCUGACCGCCUUUGUCGAUGCAUCCCAAGUGUAUGGCUCAACACCAGAGGAGCAGGACGAACUCCGGUCUUACAUGAAAGGUUUGCUUAGGACAUCAUUUAUGAGGCCAGAACUGCUCCCGAGAAAUCCUGUUUUGGACUGCAUCACGUUCACUGGGCCAAACUUUUGUUUCUUGGCCGGUGACGAGAGAGUGGACGAACACAUGUCUCUGGCAAGUAUGCACACCAUCUGGCUACGGGAACACAACAGAGUGGCCAGGAAGCUUGCACGUAUCAACCCGCACUGGGGUGAUGAGCGGCUGUUCCAGGAAGCCAGGAGGAUUGUGGGAGCCUAUGAUGCAGCACAUCACUUUCGUCGACUUCCUUUCUCUCGUCCUCUCCCCCAAGCUUCUUUUAAGUUUGGGCUCCGUCCAUCGACUGGUCCUGUCAAUAUUUACAAUGCCAAUGUUGAUGCAAGUAUUCACAAUGCCUUUGCUACAGCUGCCUACCGCUUUGGACACUCCAUGAUAAGAUCCUUCUUUAGUCGUCCAAACAGGAGAUUUAAGGGUGGAGAAGAUCUUCAACUUAGAGACUCAUUUGGAAACACAUCCAUCAUCCUAUCAACCGAUGGUGAUGCUAUAAAUCAAUUAACAAGAGGACUGGUGGUUGACAGGGCCAAUUCUGUGGACAGACACAUCACCCCUGAACUAACAGACUUCCUCUUCCCAGAUGAUGAAGGUGACAGCAUGGAUCUGAUGUCUUUAAACAUUCAGCGUGGCCGUGACCAUGGUCUUCCAGGAUACAAUGAUUGGCGGAGGUGGUGUGGACUCCCGGAAGCUGAAAACUUCUCCACAGGUCUUGGUGGUCUUGUGGAUCAUCCAGAAGAUGCUGCUGCUUCUCUGCGAGCGCUGUACAGAACUCCCGAUGACAUUGAUCUGUUCUCUGGAGGCGUGUCUGAACGCCCUCUUAACGGAGGACUCUUGGGGAACACUUUCUCGUGCAUUGUCGGCAGUCAGUUCGAGUUGCUGAAGAUUGGUGACAGAUUCUGGUAUGAAACUGAUGAUGCAGUUGUGGGGUUUACACCAGAACAACUAGCCGAGAUCCGGAAGACGUCUCUCUCCCGUGUGGUCUGCGACAACACCGACACCGUCAUAAUCCAACCUAACGCCUUCAAGAAGGCAGGACCAGGGAACAAAAUCAGAUCAUGCAAACAGCUGCCAGAAGUGGAUAUAUGGGCGUGGCAAGACUCGCAAGGCACGUGUGGGUCGGGAUGUGGGUUUCGGAAGUGGGGACCCUGGGGACAUUGUGUGCGUGGAUGUCGCUUCAGAACACGUGUGCGCCGCUGCAGAACGUGCGGGUACGGGGACCUCUUCCAGUCACGAAGGUGCCGCUCCUAUGUCGGCCACAGAUACAGUGGAAAAUGCAACCGGCUGUAUCGGUACGCGAAGCGCUGGUACUGAAACGUAACCUGGUACCAGUCUCACGAUGUCUUGCAGUUAAAUAAAGCAGCUAUUUCUUAA